UUUUGCUCAGGUUGUGAAACAAGAGAGAGAAAGAAGAGAGAACGGCGUCUCCCUAAUUUGCCUCAUGGAUAUUUCUGUACUUUAAAUUUCGUUUAAACUAACGUAUUCUCAUUGACGGAUGAUGGGUUGAUAUCAAACUUUAUGGGGUUCUCUCCUUUCAAAUCGAUGUCCGUUUCUUCAAUAAAAUGCAAAUCUAAACAUGUUUCUCUCUCUGGAAUUGAUUGAUUGAAAUUCUAAGCAUUGAGCUUCAGAGAGCAGCUUGAAGACGGUUCCUCUUUGCUUAUUAGAAUGGAUAACAAUGGGCAAUAUGAAAACGGGCGGUAUAAGCUGGAUUAUUACAAGGGGACACACUCGACGUGGAAUAUGAUGCCCCAGCAUCAAGUGAAGGAGCAAAAUAAUGCCUUAGUCAUGAACAAGAAGAUUAUGUCCAUACUUGCUGAGAGAGAUGCUGCUAUCCGAGAGAGGAAUGAAGCACUAUCUGAAAAGAGGGAAGCCUUGGCUGCAAGAGAUGAGGCACUCCAGCAGCGAGAUAAAGCACUUGCCGAGAGGGAUAAUGCACUUGCAGAGCGAGACAAUGCCUUAGCUGCCCUUCAGUAUAGGGAAAAUUCCAUCAAUUUUCCUUUGGUUGCUGUUCAGCGGGGAGGAAAGCGUGCAAACCACUCUGCAUGUCAUUCUUCUGAUAUGACUGAAGGUCUGAGCACAGGAGAAAUUCAAGUGACCGAUGCCUUCCCCAUAACAACCAUUGCUGCUGAAGCCGCCAAGUCACGCCAAACAAAAAGAACAAAGGAGAACAAUGCUGUUACGGCGAAGCCUUUGAAGUCACCACGGAAGGUUAAGAAGGUGGGUGAGGAUUUGAACAAGCAAGUAGCUUCUGCUGGGAAGAAAUGUAGAUCUGAAUGGGAUAGUCAGGACGUAGGGUUGAACCUGGUCAGUUUCGAUGAGACCACAAUGCCAGUGCCGGUUUGUUCAUGCACAGGAGUUCCCCGUCAAUGCUACAAAUGGGGAAGCGGUGGUUGGCAAUCAUCUUGUUGCACCACCACCAUGUCAUCAUACCCACUACCACAAAUGCCAAAUAAGCGCCAUGCUCGAGUAGGUGGGCGAAAGAUGAGUGGCAGUGUUUUUACGAGGUUGCUUAGUCGUCUGGCAGGUGAGGGGCACGAUCUGGCAAUCCCACUAGACCUCAAGAACUACUGGGCUAGACAUGGAACAAAUCGCUACAUCACCAUAAAGUAAAUUAACUUGUAGGGCAGUGUGAUAUCUCUUUGCCGUCCGCUUCUCUGUGUUUAGUUAUCGAUCAGAAAUCUUUAGCAGUUAGGAUUUUGAGUUGCAUGAAAAGGAUGGGCUGCUUCUUGAUGAAGUGUGCUAUCCAUGCUCCUUUGUUUCUCUAGGGCUACUGUAAUUUGACUCGGAAUAUCUUCCCUGUACCCGGGAGAUUUUGUUAAACUACCUGUAAAUUUGGCAGUUUAGUUGGACAGAUCAAAGGGCUAUUUUCUUUUUAUGAUGUAUGCCA